AUGGUCUUAUCCAGGUACAUCACCGCCGCGCUGCAGCUGGCCUGCCUCGCAACGACCGUAACGUCCCAAGAGCCCAGCAACCCGUUCGACUCGGCACAGACAAUCAUCGCGACCUCAACGUCCACCUGCUACACCCUGCCCACCCCGACAGCCGAGCUCAUCAAGCUAACCUACAACGGCACCGUCGACACGACCCUGGUCAGCGAGCUCAGCUUCUACCUGGACCAGUACGGCCAGGUGCCGCCGCUUUUCGGCGUGCGCGACGGGCAGACGGGCGCGUUCCUGCUCUUCGACAUCAGCAACCCCGUCCAGCUGGGCAUCGUCUACCCGGAUCAGUCGGCCGUCGUGUUCAACGCGUCCGGAAUCACCGUCUUCUCGGCCGAUUGCUCCAGCGUGCUCUCUCUAAUCCUCCCCGGGUUCUACGACUAUCUGAUCGCACUGGGCGGCGGCGGCGGGUCCACGAAAAAGGCCAAGAAGUCCCUUGUUGAUGUUCAGCAGCUGGCCAAGCGACAGAACAUACCUGGACUUACCUACCCCGUCAGCUACUACGUUGACGUGGUAGUUUUUGACGAGUGCGGCCACGUCCCGUCGGAUCCCUUCGACGUGUCGCUGACCGUGGGCGGCGGCUUCGAGUGCCUCGACCGCGCCGACAUCAUCAACAACACCUCGACUCAAGGAGACAACGGCCUGUACAAAUGGACGUGCCUGUGGCCGAGCCCCGCCAGCCGCGAGCAGGUGUGCGAGAUAGACCUGCUGCGGCAGCUGGGGUACUCGCGCGACGACUUCGGCACCGCGGUCCCCGCCCCAACGCUGGUCUACCUCCUCUCACAGGGACUGGGGAUGCUUGCGCCGCUCAGCGACGAAGCGGCAGCCUUUCUCAACAGCCCGUACUUCUCGCCCGAGUGGAGCACGACCAUAACGGGGAUCAGGGACCUGAUGCACCUGGAGGACCUGAUCAACUCGCAGCAGCUGGACCCGAACGCCGUGGCCGCGAACAUCUGCCUGCCGUUCACCGACCUAACCGAGUACGUGUGGCUCAAGAUCCGCGACCCGCCAGGCUAUCAGUACCUGCUCACGUCGGUCGUCGACGAGCGAAUCCGCUUCACCAGCAGCAUGCAGUUCAACGAGCAGAUCAUCGGCAACGACAACGCGUCGACGUCGUGCGUCUUCUCGGCGCCGUCGACGCUGCCGCUGACGACGCCGCAAAACACCGACAUGAUAGCAUGUAACACGGCCGCGCCGACCAGCACCGCAGGAGUGGUGGGGCGCAAGCGCGCCACGGACGGCGCGUCGGCGUGCACAGCCACGGCGAGCAGCAACUCGACCGCACCGCACAACUCGACAACCACGGCGCCACCAACCACGUCGACGCCCUUCUUCCUGACGACCAUCACGUACCCGCACGUGUCGAUCGCGACGACGUGCAGCGAGCUGCCGGCGCGGUGCGACGCCGGCCCGGCGACGGCGUGCGAGUACCUCGAGGGCACGACCAACGCCAACGGCAACGGGCCCGAGUUUUCGGGCUGCUUGUGCGGCGGCAACGUGCUGGGCCGCCCGCGGUGCUUCGUCUUUGCGUCCCCCACGGCUCCUGUUCUCUGCCACACCCGCGACGACUGCCCUGGUGGCAACAUGGACUGCAUCGCCUUAUUUGGGUGCUGGAACCUCGACGGCGGCGCGCCGGGUUACUGCUUCGAGAUCUGUCCGCGUGCUUUCGAGGUUGGUCAGUAA